AUGACAACGUUGCUGUUGGCACGGGUUCUGUUACCAACACUAAAAGGUGGCCAGGUAUUGGUCGAUAUAGUGCUGGACAACGCAGGCUACGAACUAUUCACAGACUUGUGUUUAGCCACCUUCUUAACCGCUCACAAUAUCGCAAACAGAAUACGUAUAUAUGUGAAAGACUCGCCUUGGUUCAUCAGCGACGUAACUACCAACGAUUUUCACUGGAUGAUCGAGCGCAUGAACGGGCUAUCGAAUCCGGAUCUAAACCAGCUUGCAAAAUUGAUCAAGGGUUAUCUCGAGAGCGGAGCAUGGUCUAUUGAGGAGGACGCGUUCUGGACAACCCCAUUUCCUUUUAUGGAAAUGUCCCAAAGGGAUCCGACGUUGUACGCCAAACUAUCGGAAGCAAAUCUACUCAUUGUCAAGGGCGAUUUGAACUACAGAAAAUUGGUCGGGGACGUUAACUGGGAAUACAGCACAAGCUUCCUCGAAGCGACCGAAUUUUUACCGACAAAUUUCGUCAGCCUGCGUUCCAUCAAGUCGAACACGUGUUCAGGAUUGAAAUCUGAACAAGGCCAGUAUCUCGACAGAAUAGACCCCUCCUGGAUGCUCGGCGGGCAAUACGGUCUCAUUCAAGGAACGAUCGACGCCUGCAUUUGCAGUAAAAUAAGUUCUUGA